AUGGUGGUUCCAGUGAUCCAUACUUUAAUGGUCCUACGUCAGCUGGUUAUCAUGAGAACGGUUCCGGCCAAGGUGGAUAUGGUGAUGACCGCGGCGGAUACGGCGGAGGCUACGAAGACUACGGCGAUCGAAGAGGAAGGAGUCGUGGUCGUGGUCGCGGCGGGUUCCGUGGCGGCGAUAGUCACGGUGACGAUCGAGACUCUAGUCGUGGUGGUUAUAGCGGCCGUGGCGGACGCCCGCCGAGGCCAGCCAGAGAUGACGCCGUUCAUGACAGCCUUAUUGAACAAAGAAUCAAACGUGAGAGACCAUGUCGCACACUCUUUAUCCGGAAUAUCAAGCACAAGUGUAAGAAGGCAGUUUGAAGAGUUUGGUGAGAUCAAAACAUUCUUCGAUUUGAUCGCGAAUCGAGGCAUGGUGUUCGUGACAUACUAUGACGUACGCGCCGCUGAGCGUGCACGCGAAAGACUCCAAGAUAGUGAGAUAUCCGGUCGCCCCAUUGAUGUUCAUUACAGCCUCCCUCGUGGAGACGAACAAGCCGGUCGCUGUGAACGUGACAAAAACCAGGGAACACUACUCAUCACCCUUCGUCAAUCGAAUCAGACAGUAGACGACCACGAACUCCGACGUCUGUUCCAACGUUUCGGUGACGUAAAGCAGAUUUUGCCCGCUGAAGGGCGCAAUGACCAGCGGUUACUUGAAAUGUAUGAUAGCCGAGCAAUGGAAACCGCACACGAUCAUCUUCAAGGACAACCGCUCCAGGAUGGCAUCAUGGAUAUUGAAUUUGCUUGGGACGUUCCAGAAACUCCCCUCCCCCCUGGUCCAGUUCCCGGGUCGAAGCGGCAACUAGAAGAACGCGAAUAUGGCCGAGACCCAGAUCCGCAACCUAGGGGACGCGGAAGAGGACGGGGUCGGGGUGGUUUUCGAGGCGAAUACGAGGAGCGCGAGAGAGACCGCAGUUGGGACCGGGAUCGUCGGCGGUCCCGUAGUCCACGCGGUGACCGGGACCGGGAUGGAUAUGGCUCCAGACGAGGAAGCCGGUUUGAUUAUGAGGAACCCCCUCGUGGUGGUCGAAAUUACGGGUCUCCGCCCCCCAGAGAUUCAGGAUACACGGGAAGUGGAGGCCCAGGUGGAUAUGGUCCGAUCAGCGCCGGUUCAGCUCCUCCUACCGAUGACCGGUUAGAACAAGCCAAGAAAGUCCAGCAAUUGCUAGCCGCACUCAAACAAUCUCAGCCAGCGGGAGCACCCACCCCUCCACCUCAAGUGGCACCUCCCGCAAAUAACCCACCUCCACCAAAUCCAUAUGCAUAUCCCCCAUCUCUAAUACCAUCCUCGAUGCCUCCAUUCCCUCCUACAGGUUAUUCUGCUCCUCCGCCGGGCUAUCCGCCAUAUCCGCCUCCGCCGCCCAGCCAGCCAGUGGCGCAACCCAGCGCAGAUCAAUCCCCUGCAUUACUCGCGAGUCUUCCGCCCAGUGUGUUGGCGCUAUUACAGCAAGGGCCCACCGCACAAGCCUCUCCACCACCUGCCCAACCAUCUCAGGGUAUGUACGGAAUUCCAGGGUAUGGUGCAUAUGCUGCGCCCCCACAACAGCUGCCACCCCCACCUCAUAUGCCGCCCCCAAGCCAAUCUCCCCCAGCGGCUGGGCAGACACCUCAAGCGAUGCAGCGGCUGAUGGCUCUUUUGUCGGCGCAUAAACGAGUGUAA